UGCAAGAGCGGGAAGAAGGUCUGAUCUCCUCUGGGGUCUGAGUGUCUGGCGCGAGUCACAGGGUGUGUCUCUGAAGACCAUUUUAAUUUAAAAGGAAAGAUGCUGUCUUCCAAUGACCAGAAGCUAGAAAAGCUGGAUUCCUUUUAUCGACCUCCAUUGUCCAAGCAGAAGACAAGUGCUGAAAUCAUCAGUGAAGCACGGAACGCCUUAAGGGCGGUUAGAACCCAGAGACCAUUCACACCCCGCGAAGACCAGAGGAAGCUCUUCGGUCCUGCCUCAUCGAGAACCCCGGAAAACAGGCCUCCUUCCUCCUUCAGCCUCCACGCGUCCAGCUUUGAGUUAACCGAUUCCAAGCCUGUCUCUGGGACUCGUCUCAGGCCGCUGGAGCUGAAACCCAAGGCUCCAGCAUCUCCCAGCACAGAGGAGGAUGCCUGCCUCUCCUUCCCUAAAGCUCCACUGGACCCUGCAAAGAUAAGAAAAAUUAGCGGGGCCCGUGCACGCUUCUACAGGGCUGCAUCCCAGGGAAUGCUUCUGCCUGACAGAUCCCCUCCUGCUGCCCACUCAAAGACUGUGGAGGAAUCCAGCAAAACGGUUAGCGUGGGGAGUUCUACAGCCAGAAGGAGUGGGACUCAUUUAACAGCCUCCAGUGCCAACAGCCAUUUAAAGAGUCCCCCACUUCUCACCUGCGACCAAGGCUUCCGAGAAACCACAGAGGAAGACGCGGCCCGACUGUCUCAGCUCCGACAUGGAGGGGACCCUGGGAAACGGCGUGCCAGGGCCUCCUCGUGUCCUAGCAGCUCAGACCUGAGCAGGCAGGAAACCAGAGCAGCCUCAAGAGCCAGCUUACAGGAACGGGAGACAGAACCAGAAGUAGAUGAAGUCUUUUGGAGAACACGGAUCGUUCCGAUUUUGCAUCAAUUAGAAAAGGAGGAAGAUAUUGAAGAGAUGUGUGCGGCCUGCACCCAGCUCCACCGCGCACUGGAGGAAGGGCGCAUGCUCCGGAAGAAGUUCAAGAGAAGAACUGUUCUGCUGAAGGCUCUGUAUAAGCUAGUGGACGUCGGCUCAGACGCGCUCAGCCUCAAGCUUGCGAAACUUAUCCUGGCACUCAAGGUGAGUGGAAAGAACCUUCUCAACGUCUGCAAACUGGUAUUUAAAAUCAGCAGGAGUGAGGAAAAUGAUCUCCUAAUGCAGAAGGACAACAUCCUGGAAUCAUUACUGGAGGUCGUGAGAGGUGAGGACCUGCAGAGCAACACCGAGGCCUUUCUCUACUGCAUGGGGGCUCUGAAAUUCAUCUCGGGAAGCCCCGGAUUUCUUACUGAGAUGGUCAACAAAGGCGCAGUGGAGAUCUUGGCACAGUUAAUAAAGGAAAUGACAGAGGACACGGAGAAGCAUGGGGCGUGCCGGCCUAAUGCAGGCCACUUGCUAGUGCAGACAACUGCUACCUUGAGAAACUUGGUGGAUUCACCCCUGACGAGAAGCAAGCUCCUGACCCUCGGGGCCUUUCCGCAUCUCUGCACAGUGAUGGAGCAGCACGCGGAUGACAAGGACGUCUGUACCAACAUCGCCAGAGUCUUUAGCAAACUAACCUCUUACCGUGACUGCUGUGCAGCCCUGGCCAGCUAUUCCAGAUGCUACGCCUUGUUUCUAAGUCUAUUGAACAAGUACCAGAAGAACCAGGACUUAGUCAUUCGAAUUGUUUUUAUCCUUGGCAACCUGACAGCGAAAAGUAACCAGGCCCGGGAACUUUUCUCCAGAGAGGCUGGGUGCAUCGACACUCUGCUCGCACUGUUUCAGAGCUUCUGCCAACUCGAGGAGAGCUCCCCAAAGCCGCAGCGCCCGGAAGCCAGGCCACAGGCAGAGGCCGAGGACGUGCUGGUCAAGCUGACCCGUGUCCUCGCCAACAUAGCCAUUCACCCGCGCAUUGGCCCAAUGCUGGCCGCCAACUCUCGGGUGGUGGGCCUGCUGCUGACGACUCUGGAAUCUAAGUCACUGGGCGACUGUGAGGAGCUGGUGAUCAACACUACAGCUGCCAUCAACAACCUGUCCUUCUACCAGGUGCAGAGCUCCGUCCUGCAGCACAGGAAGCUGCACGUCGCUGAACUGCUCUUAAAGCUCCUUGUAAGUAACAACAUGGAUGGGAUCCUGGAGGCUGUGCGUGUCUUCGGAAAUCUCUCCCAGGACCACGACGUCUGCAAUUUCCUCAUGCAGAAAAACGUACACAAGUUCAUGAUCGCACUGCUGGAAGCCAGGCACCAGGACAUUUGCUUCUCUGCCUGUGGCGUCCUCCUGAACCUCACGGUGGAUAAGGAGAAGCGGGCCAUUCUGAAAGAAGGUGGCGGCAUUAAAAAGUUAGUGGACUGUUUGAGAGACUUCGGCCCCGGUGAUUGGCAGCUGGCCUGCCUGGUGUGCAAGACCCUGUGGAACUUCAGUGAAAACAUCACCAACGCGUCCGAGUGUUUCGGAGAUGACGUCACCAACACACUUCUCACCCUCCUGUCGACGUUUUUAGAUGAAGAACUAGCCCUGGAUGGCAGUUUUGAUCAAGACUUAAAAAGUUAUCACAGGCUCCACUGGGAGACGGAAUUCAAGCCCGUGGCCCGGCAGCUGCUAAAGCGAAUCCAGAGUCACCACUCGCUCCUGGAGCCCCUGCCCGUCCCUUCUUUCUAACGUGACACAGGCCAGCGGCAGAACUGGGAAGUCAGACCUCCCUCAUUCUCAGGAAAUGGUAAAAGCAUGAAAGUUUUUCAGUAUUCACACACGCUGAGCAUUUUUACAGUUCUGAUUUUAGCCAAUAGCCUAAGUGUUUUGAAAGAAAUAAGCAUUUCUUUUUCUAGGUAUUACAGAAAAUGGAUAUAUAUAUAUAUAUAUAUAUAUUCUGCUAUGAGAGGUAUGAGAUGGAAAUAUAUGCAUUUUUAAGACUUCUCUUUCUGUUCGCCUUAAAGUCACUUAGGAAAGAUCCUUAAAGAUCCCGGUUUGACAACUCUGGAAUGAGCGAGCUCGUCAGGUCACUAGCUAAGGGACUGCAUGGUGAGACCGAGGCUCUGACCACGGGAAGAGCGGCCCACAGGAGAGGCGCAUACCACCCUCUGCUGCUCUCCUCGGCCUAAGAGAAGGAAUAGGCAGAGUAGAGAAAGCUGUGAGGAGGGCGGCUCGGUGGCAGAUCACCUGACUUCCAGGUUCAAGGCCCCGGGCCAGAACCCCAGCAAGGGACUAGGAGGAACUACUGCUUUAGGUCAACCAUCCUCUUAGAUUUUUAAUUUUUGUUAAAAUUUGUUUGUUUGUUUGGCCUGUGUGUAUAUUUAUGCACCCUGUGCGUGUAAUACCUGUGGAGGCCAGAAGAGGGUGCCAGAUCCCCUGAGACUGCUGUCAUAGCCGUGUGAGCCUCCGUGUGGGGGCUGGGAAUUGAACUCAGGUCUGCGGCAAGAGCAGUCAGUGUUCUCGCUGAGCCAUCUCUUCUGCCCCUACUUUUAAAAUAUUUUCAAAAUUUGUAUUUGUGUCUGUCUGUCUAUCGGUCUGAAUAAGCAUAUGUUCUGUGUGUGUGUGUGUGUGUGUGUGUGUUCCCUUGAAUCCAAAAGUGGGUGUCAGCCCCUGGAACUGGAAUUACAGGUGGUUUUAAGUUGCUGGACACGAGUGCUUGGAGCCAAACUUAGUACUUCUGGAAGAGCAGCGAGUGCUACUAACCACUGAGCCAUGCUGCAGCCCAGCCAUCUGCUCCUGAAUGAAGUAAAACAGAUGAAAAAGUCCCUUUCCUUUCAUUUGAAAUAGUGACUGAAUUAGAUGGGCUUUCCUCUUCAUUAGACUGUAUCCAAGAGAGAUGAUGUAGCAGAUUAGGAAGUACAAGCUUAUCUAGAAGAUAUCCCUGAGAUAUCCUCCUAUCUCUCUGCUGCUGGGGGGAGGGGUGUACUUUAGCCAAUUAAUCAAAUUUCUUGAGACAUACUGUAAAUUGAGAAUAUUACCUCUCUUUGUUUUAGUGUGUGCAUUAGUCAGGGUUCUUAGAAGAAUAGGGGAUAUAUAUAUUCCCCUCUCUCUCUCUCUCUCUGUGUGUGUGUGUAUGUGUGUGUGUGUGUGUGUGUGUGUGUGUGUGUGUAAUAAACGAUUUAUUAGGUUGGCUUACUGGCUGGGAAACCCAACAAUGGCGGUCUGAAUUUUGGAGAACGGCGAAGCCAGGGUCUCAUCAGCCCAGGAGGCUGAGUACCCCAACAGCCUCAGUCUGGUCCUGAAGACUAGAAGGAUUCCUGGAGAGCGUCUGGUCUUCAGUCCAUGCUAGAGACUGAAGCAACUGGAUUCCCAAGUCAAUGAGGGAUCAGCAGUGGCAGAAACAAAGUGGAUGUGCUUGCCAGCCAGUGCAAAAGGGGAAGGCAAAAAGCCCGCCUUUCCCUCAGACCGCUUUGUAGCUGGGUUGCCUCAGGAGGAGCUGCUGACAUGGAGGGGAAGGUUGUCCUCCUCAGUUAAGCUUUCCGGGGAAUACCCUGGCAGGCAAACGUGUCUCAAAGUUGUGUCUCAAAGUUGGUCCCAGAGCUAAGAAGGUUGACCCCCAACGUUAACACACAACAUUGUCUAGAGCAAAGCCUGCACAGCAGGCUGUGGGUGCACGCUGUAAUUAUUGUGAUGGGAGUCUGUUUGCUCACUGGUCUCAGGAGGGUAAAAUUUGCAUCUGAAUAAAUUAUUUGA